CCAGCCAGCUGUCAAGUUAUACGUGAUUUAUAUGGGUUUAUUGGAUACUAUGUGCAGAUAUACUACAAGCAAACAACAAUUCUGUCAUGGUUUCUAUAGGUGAAUGGGCCAUGUCCUCCUAUUAGCGAGUGAGGAGUGGGCACAUAAGUAGAGGCAGGAUUCUACAUCAAUGCUCUGCCUCUUCAUAUCCCCUUUGAAAGUCGUCUCCACCGGCAUUUGCGCUUGUCAAAUUUUGCAAGUCACAACUCCAGUCAUCACCGCAAAUACUUUCAAAAGAAAACGAAAAUUCUCCUCAUACCCUCUGAUGAAAAGAAAAGAGGCCGACUCUGAGCUUACAAGCCCUCACGAGAAAAAGAAGCCACGAGUCACCACUAUGGCGACGCAAAGAUUACAGCUUACGGCGCAAGAGCAGCGCCUUCGCAGGCUCUUGCUGGAUGUCGCAAACUUCAUCGAUGAGGCCAAGGAGUUGAAGGAAAAGAUAGAACUACGUUUCGCUGGCGGCUGGGUUCGCGACAGACUUCUCAACAUUCCUAGUCACGACAUUGAUACGGCUAUCAAUUCUUUGACAGGUGUGACAUUUUGCGAAUAUAUGGCAGAAUUCAUCACCGAUCCCGCAAAUGUGGAAAAGCACAAUAUCAAUGAGGGUGAAAUUGGUCGCCUUCACACCAUUGCCAAAAACCCGGAAAAGUCAAAGCACCUGGAAACAACGACAGUGCUGAUUUUUGGCUUUGAUGUUGAUUUUGUGAACUUGAGGAAAGAGACCUAUACGGAUGAUAGUCGGAACCCUCAGGUAGAAUUUGGUACAGCGGAAGAGGAUGCUUUGCGACGGGAUGCUACAAUUAAUGCCAUGUUUUACAACCUUAAGUCAGAUCAAGUUGAAGAUUUCUGUGGUGGCUUAGAACAUCUCAAAGCCAAGCUUAUCAAAACACCACUUGAGCCAUUGACAACAUUUACGGACGAUCCUCUGCGAGUGCUGAGACUCAUUCGCUUUGCCAGCCGUUUGGAAUUUCGAAUUGACCCAGAGACCGAAGUUGCUAUGACCGAUCCUGCUGUCACUCAAGCUCUCAUGGCAAAGAUUACCCGAGAAAGGGUUGGAAUUGAGGUUGAGAAAAUGCUGAAAGGUAAGCUGGAAGUGCUCCAAUUCUUACAACUUGGCUAACCAUUUUCAAGGCAAGGAUCCAAGGGCUGCUCUUCGUCUCAUUGAUCGGCUUGGACUCUACAAAUUCAUCUUCAUUGACCCAACCGUUGAGACAGUAGAAUUUCCAAGCACAACAAAUUGGUCUAUUGUCUACGAGUUCCUGUAUGAGCUAAAGAGCAACGAAACUCCAGGCUCCAUCUGGAAAGGUUUAGUGAGAUCCGAAGAUGCCCAGUUCGCUGCUUGGGUACUCGCAGCCUUAACCCCUUGGUCAACAAUCCCCUUGCCAAAACCAACAGCCGCAGGAAAGCAGUUACCACCUCUGCCAACACUCGUGGCUCAAAAAGGUGUCAAGUUGAACGGCAAGAUCUGCGACAUUGUCACAGGUUGCUUUAGGAAUUUCCAAGAGAUUACGAGCCUACGAGAUUCUAUUUUAAAGAAGGAGCCACUCAUCCAUGAGCGCGACACAUUAGGUAUGAUGGUUAGGAGGUGGGAUAAUCAAGGCAAGAACUGGCGGCUGCAAGUCUUAUUAGCUGUCCUUGUGGAGAGUAUGACCACAAAUGAAUCUAGUGAGUUCUCUAUUUGCCGAGCUUUUCAAUCCAACAACGACUAACACUUGCCAGACAAAGCCACUCUUUUGAGUAAUUGGCAACAAUUCAUCGAGCAUCUAGAAGGAUUAGAUCUUAUGGACGCCCCUUCCUUGAAACCUCUUGUCAACGGAAAUGAGCUUCGAAAGGCACUUGGGGGGAUCAAAGCCGGAAUCUGGAUGAAACCAGCACUAGAUGUGUGUCUAGAGUGGCAACUGAGAAAUCUCGGCAAUGAAAACAAGGAAGAAGCAAUAGAGGAAGUCAAGAAGAGGAAGGAGGAGUUGAAAAUACCCAGUGCUUGA